GGAACGCACCGUCACCGUCGCGUUCCGUCCUCUGUCGCGCUUUUCCUCUUCUGCGCAAUCGUCUUACCAAUCGGCGGUUAACUUUCGUUUGUUAGCACCAGAAUUCGAUCGGGACAAAUAGCAAUCCUCUGAAUGCAGAUACAAAAAGUAUCUGCGUGAUGCGUCCGAAUAAGUGGUGAACUCUUUAGGUGUUUAAAAAAGAAACAACUACUACAUGGAAGUAUAAACACGGAAAUCUAAUUAAAAACAAAGUGAAAGAAGUUAAUGCUCAGGUUAAAAAGUUUAUAACAAAAAAGGCAACAAAAGCGUUGUGUUUCAUGUGCAAAAUCUUAAGAAAUAUCUAUACAAAUAAACACAUAUAUUUUUGGAAUAAAAUUACUGAUACUAAUCAUAAUAAUAAAUCUUGUGAAUCGUGUAACUUGUUUAAAAUAAAAAGUAGUGUAAGCAGUGAAUAUAUAUUACAAUUAAAUUCAUUUAUAAACAAACAAAGAUUAAACCUUAUACACACGUAAAUACGAUCAUUAAAUAUAUAUAUUCUUAUACACGAUACGAUUUUAAUCAAUCAAUACAUCAAUCAAUUCAGCAAACAAUCGAGCGAUAUACUUCAAUUUGCAAAAAACUACUUCAAAGAAAUACCUACAAACAUACUCAGACGCUGCUGUGGAUCAGGCGUAGCAUAAAUCAGCAAACAAUAAGCCAUCAAGUAUUAUUAGCAACUAAAACGAACUCAGACUCGGAAUCAGCCUCAGAAAUCUCAGCUCGAGAUCAUCAAACUUAACUCAACUUAACGCAACUCAGUCGAACUCAUCUCAUCGUCAACAGAAGAAGCCUCAACCAGAAUACAACAGAUACACGUAUAUAUUUAGACAUAUGGUAAUGAUCAAGCAACUGUGGGCAGGUAUAGGAACAACGCUAAGCUAAACGUAAGGACUAAGGACAACAACAAAUUCUCUAGAUUACAAUAGAAUACAGAAGAAGAGGACAACUUUUUCAUGCAACUUUGAAGGCUGACAAAACAAAUUUUUGAUAAUCCAAAAGCAGAAGCGAACAAAUUACUAAAAAACCACAAACAGCAACAAAACACGCGUUAAGAAGAAGAGACUGAUUUUAAAAUAAAAGAGCUAGGCAGCGGAAAGGAUAAAAGGCAGCAGAAGUGAGGCAAAAGUGAUUAAGGAUCAAAUCCAAUUAAAAAGAAAACAAACAAACGCAACUUUCCAUACAACAUAUUUAGAAUAUAUAUCUAAGAAACAUUGAUAUUUUUGAGCGAUUAUCCCUUCUUUGAUAUAUCAUGUUGAAGAAACUCAAAUGCAUGGAGGCGGUCCAGGCAGCAGCGGCUGCAACAUCAUCCGGAGGAUCUUCAGGCAGUGUUCCGGGUUCCGGUUCCGGAUCUGCAUCGAAACUGAUCAAGACCGAGCCCAUUGACUUUGAGAUGCUGCAUCUGGAGGAGAACGAACGGCAGCAGGAUAUCGAGCGGGAGCCGAGCAGCAGCAAUAGCAACAGCAAUAGCAACAGUUUGACCCCCCAGCGAUACACACACGUGCAGGUGCAGACCGUGCCACCACGCCAACCCACAGGUCUGACCACGCCCGGUGGCACCCAGAAGGUCAUUCUGACUCCUCGCGUAGAGUACGUGCAACAGCGAGCCACCAGUUCCACAGGUGGUGGGAUGAAGCACGUAUACAGCCAACAGCAGGGCACUGCUGCAUCGCGAUCCGCUCCACCCGAGACCACGGCCCUACUGACCACCACUUCGGGCACACCACAGAUUAUCAUCACUCGAACCCUACCCUCCAAUCAGCACCUGUCGCGCCGUCAUUCGGCCAGUCCCUCCGCCCUGCACCACUACCAGCAGCAGCAGCCGCAGCGUCAGCAAUCGCCGCCACCGCUGCACCACCAACAGCAGCAGCAGCAGCAGCAUGUCCGCGUGAUCCGCGAUGGCCGGCUGUACGAUGAAGCCACGGUAGUGGUGGCUGCCCGUCGGCAUUCGGUGUCGCCACCACCACUGCACCACCACUCCAGAUCGGCGCCCGUGUCUCCGGUGAUCGCCAGGCGCGGUGGUGCUGCCGCAUAUAUGGAUCAGCAAUAUCAGCAACGGCAGACGCCACCGCUGGCACCACCGCCGCCGCCUCCACCACCGCCGCCACCACCACCGCCACCCCAACAGCAGCAGCAACAGUACAUCUCCACUGGUGUUCCACCACCCACGGCAGCGGCUCGGAAGUUUGUGGUUAGCACCAGCACGCGACACGUUAAUGUGAUCGCCUCCAAUCACUUUCAACAACAGCAGCAGCAGCACCAAGCACAGCAGCAUCAGCAGCAGCAUCAGCAGCAUCAGCAACAUCAGCAGCAUGUGAUCGCCAGCGUUAGUUCUAGCAGCAGCUCAUCGGCCAUUGGAUCAGGCGGCUCUUCUUCUUCGCACAUCUUUCGCACGCCCGUGGUUUCCAGCAGCAGCAGCAGCAAUAUGCACCAUCAGCAGCAACAGCAACAGCAGCAAUCGAGCCUGGGCAACUCGGUGAUGCGGCCACCUCCGCCGCCGCCUCCGCCCAAGGUCAAACACGCCUCCAGCUCCAGCAGCGGCAACUCGAGCAGCAGCAACACCAACAACAGCAGCAGCAGCAGCAACGGCGAGGAGCCGUCUAGCUCGAUUCCUGAUCUAGAAUUCGAUGGCACCACAGUGCUGUGCCGCGUUUGCGGGGAUAAGGCCUCCGGUUUCCAUUACGGCGUGCAUUCCUGCGAGGGUUGCAAGGGAUUCUUCCGCCGCUCCAUCCAGCAAAAGAUCCAGUAUCGCCCGUGCACCAAGAAUCAGCAGUGCAGCAUUCUGCGCAUCAAUCGCAAUCGUUGUCAAUAUUGCCGCCUGAAAAAGUGCAUUGCCGUGGGCAUGAGUCGCGAUGCUGUGCGUUUUGGACGCGUGCCGAAGCGCGAAAAGGCGCGUAUCCUGGCGGCCAUGCAACAGAGCACCCAGAAUCGCGGCCAGCAGCGAGCCCUCGCCACCGAGCUGGAUGACCAGCCACGCCUCCUCGCCGCCGUGCUGCGCGCCCACCUCGAGACCUGUGAGUUCACCAAGGAGAAGGUCUCGGCGAUGCGGCAGCGGGCGCGGGAUUGCCCCUCCUACUCCAUGCCCACACUUCUGGCCUGUCCGCUGAACCCCGCCCCUGAACUGCAAUCGGAGCAGGAGUUCUCGCAGCGUUUCGCCCACGUAAUUCGCGGCGUGAUCGACUUUGCCGGCAUGAUUCCCGGCUUCCAGCUGCUCACCCAGGACGAUAAGUUCACGCUCCUGAAGGCGGGACUCUUCGACGCCCUGUUUGUGCGCCUGAUCUGCAUGUUUGACUCGUCGAUAAACUCAAUCAUCUGUCUAAAUGGCCAGGUGAUGCGACGGGAUGCGAUCCAGAACGGAGCCAAUGCCCGCUUCCUGGUGGACUCCACCUUCAAUUUCGCGGAGCGCAUGAACUCGAUGAACCUGACAGAUGCCGAGAUAGGCCUGUUCUGCGCCAUCGUUCUGAUUACGCCGGAUCGCCCCGGUUUGCGCAACCUGGAGCUGAUCGAGAAGAUGUACUCGCGACUCAAGGGCUGCCUGCAGUACAUUGUCGCCCAGAAUAGGCCCGAUCAGCCCGAGUUCCUGGCCAAGUUGCUGGAGACGAUGCCCGAUCUGCGCACCCUGAGCACCCUGCACACCGAGAAACUGGUAGUUUUCCGCACCGAGCACAAGGAGCUGCUGCGCCAGCAGAUGUGGUCCAUGGAGGACGGCAACAACAGCGAUGGCCAGCAGAACAAGUCGCCCUCGGGCAGCUGGGCGGAUGCCAUGGACGUGGAGGCGGCCAAGAGUCCGCUUGGCUCGGUAUCGAGCACUGAGUCCGCCGACCUGGACUACGGCAGUCCGAGCAGUUCGCAGCCACAGGGCGUGUCUCUGCCCUCGCCGCCUCAGCAACAGCCCUCGGCUCUGGCCAGCUCGGCUCCUCUGCUGGCGGCCACCCUCUCCGGAGGAUGUCCCCUGCGCAACCGGGCCAAUUCCGGCUCCAGCGGUGACUCCGGAGCAGCUGAGAUGGAUAUCGUUGGCUCGCACGCACAUCUCACCCAGAACGGGCUGACAAUCACGCCGAUUGUGCGACACCAGCAGCAGCAACAACAGCAGCAGCAGAUCGGAAUACUCAAUAAUGCGCAUUCCCGCAACUUGAAUGGGGGACACGCGAUGUGCCAGCAACAGCAGCAGCACCCACAACUGCACCACCACUUGACAGCCGGAGCUGCCCGCUACAGAAAGCUAGAUUCGCCCACGGAUUCGGGCAUUGAGUCGGGCAACGAGAAGAACGAGUGCAAGGCGGUGAGUUCGGGGGGAAGUUCCUCGUGCUCCAGUCCGCGUUCCAGUGUGGAUGAUGCGCUGGACUGCAGCGAUGCCGCCGCCAAUCACAAUCAGGUGGUGCAGCAUCCGCAGCUGAGUGUGGUGUCCGUGUCACCAGUUCGCUCGCCCCAGCCCUCCACCAGCAGCCAUCUGAAGCGACAGAUUGUGGAGGAUAUGCCCGUGCUGAAGCGCGUGCUGCAGGCUCCCCCUCUGUACGAUACCAACUCGCUGAUGGACGAGGCCUACAAGCCGCACAAGAAAUUCCGGGCCCUGCGGCAUCGCGAGUUCGAGACCGCCGAGGCGGAUGCCAGCAGUUCCACUUCCGGCUCGAACAGCCUGAGUGCCGGCAGUCCGCGACAGAGUCCAGUCCCGAACAGUGUGGCCACGCCCCCGCCAUCGGCGGCCAGCGCCGCCGCAGGUAAUCCCGCCCAGAGCCAGCUGCACAUGCACCUGACCCGCAGCAGCCCCAAGGCCUCGAUGGCCAGCUCGCACUCGGUGCUGGCCAAGUCUCUCAUGGCCGAGCCGCGCAUGACGCCCGAGCAGAUGAAGCGCAGCGAUAUUAUCCAAAACUACUUGAAGCGCGAGAACAGCACAGCAGCCAGCAGCACCACCAAUGGCGUGGGCAACCGCAGUCCCAGCAGCAGCUCCACACCGCCGCCAUCGGCGGUCCAGAAUCAGCAGCGUUGGGGCAGCAGCUCGGUGAUCACCACCACCUGCCAGCAGCGCCAGCAGUCCGUGUCGCCGCACAGCAACGGUUCCAGCUCCAGUUCGAGCUCUAGCUCCAGCUCCAGUUCGUCAUCCUCCUCCACAUCCUCCAACUGCAGCUCCAGCUCGGCCAGCAGCUGCCAGUAUUUCCAGUCGCCGCACUCCACCAGCAACGGCACCAGUGCACCGGCGAGCUCCAGUUCGGGAUCGAACAGCGCCACGCCCCUGCUGGAACUGCAGGUGGACAUUGCUGACUCGGCGCAGCCUCUCAAUUUGUCCAAGAAAUCGCCCACGCCGCCGCCCAGCAAGCUGCACGCUCUGGUGGCCGCCGCCAAUGCCGUUCAAAGGUAUCCCACAUUGUCCGCCGACGUCACAGUGACAGCCUCCAAUGGCGGUCCUCCGUCGGCGGCGGCGAGUCCGGCGCCCAGCAGCAGUCCGCCGGCGAGUGUGGGCUCCCCCAAUCCGGGCCUGAGCGCCGCCGUGCACAAGGUAAUGCUGGAGGCGUAAGAGCGGGAGGAGGUAGGUGGUUUUACGCGGAGAAGUGGGAGAGACAGAGACUGGGAGUGGCAGUUCAGCGAAGCAGGAAGCAGGAUCACUUGGAGCGGCGGGAGUUGAAUUAAAUUAUUUUACCAUUUAAUUGAGACGUGUACAAAGUUUGAAAGCAAAACCAACAUGCAUGCAAUUUAAAACUAAUAUUUAAAGCAACAACAAACAAAACAACUACAAGUUAUUAAUUUAAAAAACAAACAAACAAACAAACAACAAAAAACCCAAGCUUGAAUGGUAUUACAAAAGAAAAAGAAAAACAGAAAAAAUAUAAAUAUAUUUUAGCAGUUAAACUUUAACGUAGCAAGAAACCAACAAACCCAAGGCAGCGCUCUGAUUUCGCAUUAACUUUUCUUCAGCUGCUACCGAAAACGCCCCUCACCUCCCCCCCACCCAACCCUUCCUCCACACACCAACCGUCUUUCGACCCCUGAUUGUUUUAUAAGUUUUAAGCUCUUGUUGUACAUAUUAAUUACGUUUAUUGGUAACUAUGUUUAGCGCUUUAGUUGUAGUUGGAGCAAAACUACUUUGCUUUUUUGGAUGUUUUUUGAAAAAACUGCAAAUUAUUAUUAUUAAAUUUUUAAAUACCUAAAAACAAAACAAUGUGUGUGAAAUUUUUUAUUGUGCGAUCUCCAAGCAGAAUUGAAGUGCAGUUUGCAACAAAUUUUAACUACGAUUAAGUUGAUAACGAUUCAUUUUUUAUGAAUUUAACUAAUUUUAUGAAUUUGUUAUAGUUUUCCACCCUUCUAUCGAUCUUUCUAUCUGAUCAUCUAGCUACCCGUAUUCCUGAUUUCUCCUUUGGCACAAAGCUCUUCUCUAUGCUAAAGAAUCAAGUGGAAUAAAUAUUGUUUUCUAAUUUUAAAACUACCACAAAAAUACGAUUAAAAUAUACACGAAGUAAUUGAAAAUCAAACAAAAUGCUUAAAGUUUUAGCAGCAAGCAGUAAAACGACGAUGAAGAAGAGAAACCCAACGUUAAAUAUAUCUGUUGUGUACAUAGUUAAAUGUUAAAUUAAACACAAAAACAUAUUUAAAGUACAUAUAAAUACACAUAAUUAUUAAUGAAGAAACCUAUGCUUAAAAGAUUCAAUGUUUGAUUGGCAUCUUAGAAAACCAAGCGAAAAAUACAAAAAAAAAUCAACAAACAAAAAUUAUGAUAUAUUAUUUAAAAGUAAAGUAUACAUUUACAUUACAGAAAAACAAAAGAGAAAACUUGCGGUAGCAACAAAACUAUUAUAUUAAUUACAUUUUAAUUAUGCUGUACUAUUAUGAUUAUUAAUUAUUAUGAUUAAUUAAUUACGAUUUUUAUGCUUAGACAAACCAACAAAAAACAAAUAUGCAAAAACCAUUAAAAAAAAAACAAAAAACAAGCAAAAAAUUACACUGGCGCAGAAAUUUGUAUUGUCAAAUCAAUAAAAAAUUUGUUUAAAAAUUUCAAAAGAAAGCCUCUUAAGUUUUUUCAUUUCAAUUUCCUUUUCAGUUGAACACUUUUUCUUAAAAUGUUCAGUUUUACGUUACUUUGCUUUGGAGUGGUAAGAUUUUGGGUUUCACUUGAUUUCAUUUUCGUUUUGACUAUCGUGCUGUAAAAAUAUUUACUAAAUUAUAUCGAAAGUAUUUAUAUCAUAAUUAAAUAAACAAGAAUUUUAUGUGUAUAAAUGCGCCACAAGGAAAAUGUGUAAAAACAAAAACCGUCAGCGGUGGCAAAAAAAAAAAUGGAAAGAGAAGGGGAAAUCUACAAGAAAUAUUAUAUUCUUUUAAAAUUUAUGCAGCGUAAGGAAGCGAUGGUUCCACCAAAAACCACGAAAUUAACAAAGAUAUCACACUUCAAUAAUUGACUCUAUAUAUACACGCCAGCAUAUGUACGUAGAUGAAACGAUUUUGGUGUCUGAGUAUGUAUGUAUGUAUGUAGGUGUAUGUAACAUUGUCCGUAACUUUUAGCCAGAAAAAACGGCAGCAGAAAAUUGUAAUUGUGUAACUAAAAGUGAAUAUUUUAUGUAAAAACUAUCUCAGCAUUGGGCGAUCAUGCGUAUGGGUGUUUAUGGUGGUCAAGAUGAUGAUGAUAAUGGUGAUGGAUUCUGAUAGGGAAAUCCAACCGAACGACGGCAGCGACAACUGAAACAAUGAAAUUGCGACAAUUAAGCGUAACGUAACGUAAAGUAUAUGUAAAACGUAUCCGUAAACAGCCGUAAGAGUUUAAAGUAAAGUAAUAGAAACUAAAACAUUGAAAGGGAAUAUAAUGCAACUUUGAGGCAACUCCAGCUGAGGCAUAUGAAAUACCGUAUGAAUAAUAUCUAUUAAUAUAUAUAUAUAUACACAUGAAUAUAUUUUCAAAGACAGUCACAAAUCAAAUUGCGGCAAAAAAAAGAGUUUUUAAACAUGAGAAUUUGGCAAAAAUCGAAUAAAAUAUGAGAAGAAUGAUACGGGAGGAAAAGGAAAUGUUUCGAAAAUUGAUUGAAACUCCAUAAAAAAUAAAAAUUAACAGAAAAUUUGUAUUUGUGAAAUAAAAUAAUAUUACAGUUUGUUUUAAAUGGAAACACAAUGAAAACCCCCCAGAAUGAAAUAUGUGAAUAAAAUAUUGAAAAUAAGUAUUUAAAAUAUAUCAACAAAAAUUAUGAAAAACAAAUCGUUUGUGUUGUUAUUUGGCUUUGGU